AUCUUUUAUAUAUAUCACCAAAGAUUGUACAAGAGUUCUAAGUACUCAAACAAAAUUCCAACAAUGGCUAAAGCAUGGAUGUGCAUUUCUUUCCUCAUCUUCCUCUACCUCUCCUCAGAAAGAAACUUCACCAAAGUCAACGCAGAGAUGAAGACUUGGUGUGUGGCUAAACCUUCUUCAGAUCAAGCAACACUUCUUGAUAACAUAAACUUCGCGUGCUCUCAUGUCGACUGUCGCGUUCUCUCGAGUGGAUGUCCAUGUUACUCCCCUGGUAACCUCAUCAACCAUGCUUCAAUCGCCAUGAAUCUUUAUUACCAAGCUAAUGGAAGAAACUACUGGAACUGCAAUUUCAAGAACUCUGGACUCAUUGUCAUAACUAAUCCUAGCUAUGGAAACUGCUACUAUCAAUACACAUGAGGGGGAAGAAAAAAAAACCAUUUGUUAGAAGAAAACAGAGGAGGAGCAUGUUUAUGGGUGUUUAAUUCAAGUUUACAGAAUUUGACUAAUCAUAUGUUAAAUCGAAUGUUUAAAUCCUGAA